UUCACCUACAUACAGUGGAUUUAUACCAACGAAAGUGUGGUAAUAAGGUCAUGUCACUUACAAGUCGAAAUAUCGACUGAUAAUUAACAUUGACAGUAUAUUGUUUGAAGGAGUAUAUUUUCACGGGAAAUUGUAAAUCUAAACCGACGGGGGUGUUGAUCCUAACUCUCGUGCAUAAUGUUGACUUUUAGAGACAUUCAUCUACCUCUAGAGGUCUUUUUAUGUAUUCUCGUUUAUAUAACUACAAUAUCGACAUCAAACGCAAAUACCACUGAGUGCGACUUCGAACAGACCACGCUUUGUGGCUACUCGCAGGACAACACGGACAACUUUGACUGGACCUGGAACAGCGGAGACACCCCAUCAUCGCUUACCGGACCCAGUACAGACCACACCACGGGAAACAGCACUGGUCACUACGUAUACAUUGAGUCUUCCGCACCAAGAACAAACGGAGAGAAAGCCCGGUUAACCAGCCCUUCUUAUCAGCUACAGGGCUCUGGACCCCUAUGCCUUGUAUUUUGGUAUCACAUGUACGGCACGUCAAUUGGCACGCUCAAUGUGUAUGUUACUGCCUCUGGCCAGACAAAUAAUCGUCCAUCACCAGCAUUUACACUGUCCGGAGACCAGGGCAACCAAUGGAAAAAAGCGAACGUUACCAUGUCCCCAACUGGAAACUAUCAGAUUGUGUUUGAAGGAAUAAGAGGAUCAAGCUUCCAAGGUGAUAUUGCCUUUGACGAUAUCCUGGUAAGAGCAGGUGACUGCGCUGACACAGAUUGUGGAUUACCGCCUCUAAUAAGAAAUGGACAAUUGGCGAAUUACUCUUCUACAACUUAUCCCUCCAAAAUCAAGUUGGAAUGUCGCACUGGAUACGAACACAGUCACCAGGAUUUUAUUCAAUGUCAGAGAAACGGAACAUGGUCAAUGGCUGUGUGUACCCUAGUCGAUUGUGGAUCACCGCCUCAAAUAGGAAAUGGACAAUUGGCAAAUUACUCUUCGACAACUUAUCCUUCUACAAUCGAGUUGGAAUGUCGCACUGGCUACGGACACGGCCACCAGGAUUUUAUUCAAUGUCAGAGCAACGGAACAUGGUCAAUGGCUGAGUGUACCCUAGUCGACUGUGGACAUUGGCCUCGUUUAGCCAAUUUUUCAAGGAACCAGAUGAUUACAUACCUCAACUCGACAUUUGUUGGAGCCACAGCCCUAAUGACAUGUGAUACAGGGUACCAUGUCUUCAAUGAUUCAAACUCGCACACCGAGUUGGCAGUUUGUUUAUCGAAUGGAUCGUGGAGUCCACCAAUAUACUCGCAGUGUAUUCCUAUAGAUUGCGGGGAGUGGCGUUGUUAUUCUAGUGCGCUAUCUUAUCAGAAAAUAAUCUACACAAACGCGACAAUCAUUGGUUCUGAGGCUGUAAUGACGUGCACUCAAGGGUAUCAUGUGGUCAACAAAACUAAUGCACGAACAGAAUCAGCGGUUUGUACAGAGAAUGGCACAUGGAGUACUCAAACAUGUUUAGAGUGUGUCCCAACAGAUUGUGGAGAAUGGUCUAGAAACUCUAGUGUGCUACAAAAUCAGAAAAUAAUCUACACAAACACGACAAUUUUCGGUUCCGAGGCUGUAAUGACGUGCAAUCCGGGCUACCAUGUGGUCAACACAUCAAGCACACUGUCUGAAUCAGCUGUUUGUACAGAAAAUGGCACAUGGAGUACUCAGACAUAUUCAGAGUGUGUCCCAACAGACUGCGGACGAAUGUCAACUCCAGUAAACGGUUAUGUGGUGGCAACGACAACAACGGUCGAAUCAACAGCAACCAUCACGUGUCAUACAGGCUACGUUUUGAACGGCGGAAGAACUUCCACAUGUGGCAUAACUGGAGAGUGGAGCAGUACUGGCCAAACGUGUUCACCAGUUGACUGUGGGCUCUUCGAUCCCCCAAAGAACAGUCAUCUGUCUGCUGGAUCUUCUACAUAUAAUUCAACUGUGAUAAUAACCUGUUUUCCGGGUUACAUUCUAUCUGGCAAAUCAACUUCCACGUGCGGAGCACAUGGGCAAUGGAGUGACGCGGACCAAAAAUGCGUCCUUCAAACCGUGUUUCUUACAGUACCAGAAGCGAGUUGUACUUUUGCAAACAAUGACACGUGUAUUUGUUACGACAACUCCCCUGUGCAGACCAUGGAAGGAAACGCUACAUUAAACGUUCGAUUUUAAGCGAAUGACAGUUUUCAUUAUAUUGACCAGGGUGACACCUGUUACAAAAUGAAGUGGAAAAACACAUCAGAACAGAGCUUUAUAAGUUUUACAAUGACAUCACCCAUCCUUCAACCAGGACUGUACCAAAUUAAUGUCCAGAAAUUAUUUCCUUUUGGGGAAAUACGUGCCAAAGUAGAAACAGAAAACAACGUUACACAUGAACUAGAUUCGAUUUGGAAAUUCACUCAACGAGGCAAAAUGUGGAUGAAUGAAACCGUAAUUCUCAUUGAGGAGAAAGAAUUCAGGAUUGUUUUUCGUGCCAAUGUAACGAAGGAUGGAAUAUUCAGAUUUGAUAGCAUAAAUAUAUUAAAAGCUUGUGAGCUUCUUAACAUUACCAAGGGACACAUUGCUGUGAAUCAUAACAUAGCGUACUUUCGCUGUGAUGAAGGAUAUCGCCUUAUAGGGAAUUCUAGUGCAACUUGUACGGAAUGGACGUGGAGCUCUGAAGCUCCGAACUGUGAACGUAUUGACUGUGGAACUCCCUUUGCGCCGUUCAACGGCCGUGUGAUUUCAAGUUCCACAACAUACGGGUCUCUGUCAAACGUUAGCUGCAACUAUGGUUAUUUCAUGAACGGACUUGAUACGGGAGUUUGCAGCAACAAUCAGAAAUGGUCGAACGAAAAUACAACCUGUUUAUCAAUUAAUUCCACCAUGAUGAGUGUAGUAAAGCCCGGUUGUUCAGAUCAGGGUUGGAAUAUCACUUCCAACCUUACAUUGUUACGUAAUUCCUUCACGAAUUACAUGUACAAUACCGAAAUACAAAUGUACCUAGGAAUAGCAUCAUGUAAAGGCAGUGCACGAAAUGGAUUUAUUGAUGGAGUUCUUGUGUACGAUUAUAGUUUCCACGAAUGUAUGACGCGAAAAAAGGUUUCAGAUAAUCUAAACAUAUUUGAGAACAAGAUGGUGCUAAGAUUCGAUCCUGAAAACAUUGCAGCGUCUACAGCAUUCAACUGGACAUUAAACGUACAUUGCAAUGCAGUCGAUACAAAUAUCAUAACCAGCAUCUCAACAAACAGUUUACAAAGCGAUGCGAACAGCAUUAGCAUUUCAGUCUUCAGUGACUCCUUCUUCCAAAAUAAGUUACACAGUAACCCUCUUCAUUUUCUCCCGGGAGACACAGUCUAUGUGAAAGUUUUCAGUUCUGUUGGUGACCCAGAAAUCAAACUGCUGCUUAAAUCGUGCUAUACCAGACCUGCGCUUGAAAAAGACUCGCGGCUGGAUACUGUACUUAUUCAAAAUGGCUGCGAGGUAGAGAGCAGCACCCACGUGAUUUCCGUGGCGGCACACGAAAUCCAGUUCAUGUUCCAAAACUACGCGUCUGUUGCCUUCCAUGGGGGGAUUUACGUCUUCUGUGAUGUUUCCUACUGCAACCCGCAAAACCUCCGCGUGAACUGUAUUCAAACUUGUAACGGGAUGUUGGGACCUGUUAUAAUCGGAUAGUGGGGUUUUAUGUAUUAAUUUUCAUCUGAACGUUGUGCUGUUUUUUUUGUUAACGUUAACAAUACAUCAAUCUUUUUAGAACAUUUUAUUCCACAGUGUGAGUAAUAAACUCAAAAUAACAUCAUAAUUACGUUAAGAGUACAGUAAGACAUGUUGACAUAUAUAUAAACAAGCUCACGCUGUGUCAAAUAACAUUACUAUGCAGACAUCGUUGAUAUGAGUUAAAUCAACAUGUCAAACAAAAUUUAAUGAUUUAGUACUGCGUAAUUUACCGGAUAUAUAUCCGAGUGCAGAAACGAAAGAAUUUACACCUAAAACGUGUUUCUAUCUUAUAAUCAAGUGUCUAUACAGUCCACGACAAUAUUUACAUUUGAACACCGCUUUUUCAAAUAUUGUUAUUUCCAAGGAAUCGCUAUAUCGAACUUUUGUUUUCAUAUCAAUUUCGUGUUUUUUUUAAUUUAACUAAAAUACCCAUCGUUAAUUCGAAUUUCAAAGUUGGAAUUCCCUUAUAUUUCGGGCUAAAUUGUCUGUACCUACCCCUUUUGUACUUUUGUAAACUACACCCUCGUAACCGCAUCUGCUAAAACGAAGUGAGACCUUACACAACUUCAGAGACUUCAAGAAAGCUUUCAAAAACGUGUGGCGUGAUGGCCUAUGACAUGUUCUGAGAGGGUUCAACAUUAUUUAUGGCUUGAGCAAGUCAUCAAAAAACUUCAGCCGUGCAGUACGUCUUAAUGGACAGAUGGGUGACUUCUUCGGGACAUCAGUGGUGUCCGUCAGAGUUGCCUUCUCUCCCCCAUCCGUCCUGUUGAACAUUUUCCUUAAACAGAUUAUUCAGAUAACUUUCUCAGACCACCACGCCUACAUCCGCAUCGGUGACAGACCCAUCUACAACUUGAGAAUAGCUGAUGACAUUGACCUCAUGAGUGGUACCCACAUUAAACUCCAAGACCUCACCAACAAACUUUACUUAAGAGCAUGAUCAUACGGGAUGGAAGUCAGCACGAAGAAGUAGAUGUUCGUGGGGAAAAGCACAAAAAAUACAACAAAAAAUAUAAGCACAGAGCGAGAAACUGGAAGAAGUGACCACCUUCAAGUACUGCAACCAUAUCCAAGGAGAGUACCACCAGCACCGCUGAGGUCCGAGUAAGAAUCGCCAUGGCAACUGCAGCGAUGGCUAGACGGAGAAGAUUGUAGACAAGCAGCACCACCAUAAGCUUCGCCACCAAGUACAGGCUCUACAAGUCCCUGGUAGUCUACCAUACGGCUGCGAGACCUUGACCAUUCACAGAACGCAAGAUACAGGCCUUUGAACACACGUGUCUCCGAAGACUGUUCCGCAUCUCCUUCCUGGAGAACAAGACCAACUAGUGCGUCUGAGACAUGACAUCAGCACGUGUUGGCCCACAAGAACCCCUUCUAGUGACCAUCAAACGACGACAGCUGGCUUGGUUUGGAAAUGUCACCAGGCACGACUCACUGUGCAAGACUGUGCAUAGGGGACGGCUUGAAAUACGAAAACAUUUUAUUUCUUCACUAUUAAUAACUUAAUUAGGAUAAUCAGACAUAUGCCAUUUGGGUUGCUCGGAUACAUUUAGAUCGUGCUUACAGUGAGCAAUCGUCAUUUCUCAAUACCGACGUCAAAGAUGUUUUUACUUAUGUCUGCACUAAGCAAAAGCGCCAUAUAUAAAUUAGUAUUUGUUGACUGAUUCUCAAAUUAUGUGUUUGUCUUCAAAAAUAGAUACAUAUCCAAUGUGUUAUAUAAAAAAAUGCGUUAAAAAGACAUACUUGUAAUUUGACCGAUGCAACUUAGACCACGUUAUAGGUAUUCAACCAAAGUAAAAGAUAGCCAUUUUAUGUAACCACUUGUCAAUCUACAGGAAGCCAUUUAAAGAAACGAAAAGGCAUCUACAUUCUAACAGGAGAAAAGAUUAUAACCAAAUAUAUAUGUGUCUGUGCACUCUAGAAGGAUAGCAUUUAUCAGAAAUUCAGAAUGUAACAUCUGGUAUCUUAUUCAAACAUGAGGGCACAUACAACGUAUGAAAUGAACAUGUUGAUGAUGCAGGCCUCCAAUCACAAACAAUGCCUGGAAGGCUACUCGCUAUACCUAAUCGGCUUUGUCUGUCUUCUUCGUAUACUUAAAUGCAUAUAAUAACGUCUGCAUUAAAAAGUAAGCUCAAAUAAAUGUUUGUAAUUUGCAAACUAGACUCUUUGCAAACGUAAUUGUGUUGGUAGGGUAGAUAUCGUAUGAUCAUACACUGUGCCUCAUUUCCAACAUUAGGAAUAAUCAUGUCUUACAUCAUCUUCGAAUGAAAAGCAUUUGUUUUGUGAAAAGAAUCCGAUGAAACGAAAGUAACUGACAUUCAUGGAAUACACAGACGUCACUAAUAAUAAUCAAUGAACAUGAGAUAUAAGUUUAGGUUAUUCAUUCUUUACUGUUGAAGUCUUAUCAUUGGUUGAAUGUUUUAUUAUAUUUAUUUAACUAUCAUAGAAUCCACGUGUAGU